AUGGCGUCCGAGGUGGUCUGCGGGCUGAUCUUCAGAUUGCUUCUUCCGAUAUGUUUAGCAACAGCCUGUUUGUUCCGGUACAAUGGCCUAUCAUUCGUCUACCUCAUCUACCUCCUGCUUAUUCCCCUUUUCUCUGAGCCCACCAGCACAACCAUGCAGGGCCACACGGGGCGCCUGCUCAUGUCCCUGUGCUUCAGCAGUCUCAGCUUCCUGCUCUUCCACAUAAUCUAUCAGAUCACUGUCAACAGUCUAUUGGCCGGGAACAACAUAGACCCCGCCUUCAACUGUUCCGUGUGGGAGAGAUCCAUACGACAGAUCGGCUUUGAGAGUGUGAUAGGUGCAGAUGCAGGGAACGGUAUCCGUGUGUUUCUCCCUGACGUAGGGAUGUUUCUAACUGGUCUGGGCUGCUGGCUGUUGUGUCACAGUCUGGUCCAAAACAGACCACCAGAGGACGUGGUUUACGACUUCGAACCGGAGGAAGGGGCUGGGUACGAGGCUGGAGAAGAGGAGGAAGAAAUGGAGGAGGAGGAGGAAGAUGAGGAGGAGGAAGAAGAGGAGGAGGAGGGAGAGGAGAGCACCAAGAUGAAGAUUCUGGGUUGCGUCGCUGCCGUGGCGUCCAAAGUGAAGGAGAUCAUUGGGAAUCUGAUCACCACCGCAGGGAAAGUGGUGGUCACCAUACUACUAGGGCUAACAGGUAUCACGCUGCCCUCCCUGACCUCUGCGGUCUAUUUCUUCGUGUUCCUGUUCCUGUGUACGUGGUGGUCGUUCUGCCGCACCUUCGACACCCUCAUCUUCAGCUGUAUGUGUGUCCUCAUGGCCAUAUUCAGCGCUGGACACCUGGUCGUCCUCUACCUCUAUCAGUUUCAGUUCUUCCACGAGUUCAUCCCUCCAGAGGACAGCUACAUCAGUCUGUUCGGCAUCUCAUCCAUCAUCCAGACUGACUGCUCCUCCACGUGGAGGAUGAUAGUUAACCCUAAUCUGGCCUGGCACCACUUUGUUAACCCCAUUAUGCUGCUGCUGCUGUACUACACCCUGGCCACUCUCAUACGCCUCUGGCUCCAGGAACCUACCCUGGUAUCUCUUAUACUCCUCUGGCUCCAGGAACCUAGUCUGUUUGAGAUCUCAUCCAUCAUCGUACACCUCUGGCUUCAGGAACCUAUAGAGGGGUUGGUUGCAAAGUCCAAGGAGACGUCUUUUGACUACAUCUCCACCCUAGACUCAGUGGAAAAUGGACAGGUCUGCCAGGACCUGUACUCCACCCCACAGUAUGAAAUGGACCAAAUCAAUAACAUGACAGAGAAGGAUGAAGGAAUGUGUGACUUCAGUCCAACCCUGCGAGGAGAGACUUCUGGGAUGGAGGGAACGGAGGAGGAACAGGAGGAGGAGGAGGAGGGCAGAGUGAAUGCUGUUGUAACCGUGUUCAGAUUCAUUAUGAAGCAGAGCUAUGUCUGUGCUCUCAUAGCCAUGAUGGCGUGGAGCAUCACGUAUGUUAGCUGGCUGACGUUUGUGUUCCUGAUGUGGUCGUGCAUGUUGUGGAUGGUGAGGGACCGUCGUCGUUACACCAUGCUAACCUCUCCCUUCAUGGUGCUCUACGGGAACCUGCUCAUUGUGCUGCAGUACAUCUGGUGCUUUGAGCUGCUGGAGCCCGUGCCUGGACUCUUCCUCAAGAAGGACGUGCCCUUCAGACAGCUGGGUUCCAAGAUCCUAUGCCUGUUGAGCUUUUGGCUGUUGCUGAUACAGACUCUGACAGAGAGACAGGAGGAGCAGAGAGAGGAGGCUGCUGUACUAACUGAUGUACGUGUGGAUAACCAACCCAAGAAGAAGAAGAAGGAGGAGGAUGAGGAAGGAGGGGAGCAGGACAUCAUGCAGGUUCUGGGGAACAUGGUGAUGGAGAUGCUGGUGAAAUACUGGAUCUAUAUCUGUGGAGGAAUGUUCUUCUUCGUCAGCUUCGAGGGACGCAUGGUCAUGUAUAAGAUCAUCUACAUGAUGCUCUUCCUCUUCUGUGUGGCGCUCUAUCAGGUGCACUAUGAGUACUGGAGGAGGAUCCUGAAGUACUUCUGGAUGUCUGUGGUGGUCUACACCAUGCUGGUCCUCGUCCUGGUCUACACCUUCCAGUUUGAGACUUCUCUACCCUUCUGGUCUAACAUGACUGGCAUGAGCAAAGAGAAACUGAAGGACCUGGGGCUAGAACAGUUCUCCGUAUCGAUGCUCUUCACACGUAUCUUCAUCCCCACCUCCUUCCUCCUGGUGUGUAUCCUUCACCUUCACUACUUCCACGACCACUUCCUGCUGCUCACAGACCUGAAGGAUGUGUCCCAAAAACAGGACAGCACCAUCUACAGUAAUGCUAAAGUCAAUGGCCGUGUGUAUCUGAUUAUGAAUAGAUUGGUACACCAGGAUGGAAGCCUGGCUGACAUCACCAUGCUCUAUUCAGGAGAAGGAGUGAUACGGGAGGAGGACGAGAAGGAGAGAAACCUGAUGAAGGAGAAGAAUGGAGGGAUGAAGCAGAAAGGAGGACUCUGUCAGUCUAUAGACCCGUGUCGGUCGUUCAACAAGUCUUUUGAGUCCAAAUCCAGUUCAGGGCCGGGGAAGAGUGGCGACUGUAGUGUGGGAACUGAGCCAGAGCCCUCCACAGAACACACUACCUCAGACCUAAUGAAUAAGUGGCCCCUGGUGGUGGACCGUCUGACUGUGCUGUUCCUCAAGUUCCUGGAAUAUUUCCACAAGCUGCAGCUCUUCAUCUGGUGGCUCCUAGAGAUGCACAUCGUCAAGAUCGUCUCCUCGUGCAUCAUACUGGUCUCUGUCAAGGAGGUGUCCUUGUUCAACUACGUGUUCCUCGCGUGCUGGGCCUUCGCUCUACCCUUCGGUCAGUUCAGACCCCUGGCCUCCAGUAUCUGUACAGUCUGGACCUGUGUUAUCAUCGUCUGUAAGAUGUCGUACCAGCUGGAAUCUAUACAACCUGCCUCUUACUCCAAGAACUGCUCCAUGCCAAUGAACUACACAGAGAAACAGAGAGAAGAGAUGAAAGACUCUCUGCUGUACAAGGAGCCAGUAGACCCUUCCAAUUGGGUCGGUCUCAUCAAGUUCAACCCUCUACUGGAGAACCUCAGGAACAACCUGCUGAUGUUGGCCAUGCUGGCGUUUGAGGUGACCAUCUACCGUCACCAGCAGUACUACAGACUGAGGAACAAGCUCACCGCGCCCGCCGCUCGCAUCAUCUUCCAUGACAUCACGCGGCAACACCUCGACAACGGCAUUGGCAACUGUGCCAAGUACUUCAUCAACUACUUCUUCUACAAGUUUGGGCUGGAGACAUGCUUCCUACUGGCGGUGAAUGUGAUUGGCCAGCGUAUGGACUUCUAUGCUGUGCUGCAUGCCUUCUCUCUGAUAGCCGUGAUGUAUAGACGUAGGAGGAAAGCUAUAGCUGAGAUCUGGCCUAAAUACUGUUGUUUCCUGGCCUGUCUGCUAACCUGGCAGUACUUUGUCUGCAUCGGGACACCACCUGCAGCCUGUAAAGAAUACCCAUGGAGGUUCCCAAACUCUGCAAUGGACUCCAACGUCAUCAAGUGGCUUUAUUUACCGGACUUCCACACCAACCCCAACCCAAUCUUUCUCGUCUAUGACUUCAUGCUCCUCCUCUGCGCCUCACUCCAGAAGAGUAUAUUUGAAGAGGAAAACAAGGCAGCUGUCCGUCUCAUGGCCGGAGAUAACGUGGAGAUCUCAAGAGACCUAGACGCAGCCUCUUUCAGCGUCCACAACCCUGUCCCCGACUUUAUACAUUCCAGGUCCUACCUGGACAUGCUGAAGGUCAUCACGUUUAGCUACCUGUUCUGGUUCGUCCUCACCAUCAUCUUCAUCACCGGCACCACCCGUAUCAGUAUCUUCUGUUUGGGCUAUAUAGUGGGAUGUUUCUACUUCCUGCUGUUCGGUGGGGAGCUGCUGCUCAAACCAAUCAAAAAGAUCCUCCACUACUGGGACUUCCUGAUUGCCUAUAACGUGUUUGUGAUCACCAUGAAGAACAUCCUGUCUAUCCUGGCCUGUGGUUACAUCAAUGUCCUGGUGGUCAACAACUGUUGGCUGAUCCAGCUCCUCAGUCUGGCCUGCACCAUCAAGGAGUAUAAGAUCGUCACCAACAGAGACUUCACACCUGCGGACGGUGGUAAGAAGUGUGAUCUGCCCAGCGACGAGGCUGGGAUCAUCUGGGACAGUAUCUGCUUUGCCUUCCUGCUGUUGCAGAGACGCGUCUUCAUGAGUUACUACUUCCUCCAUGUGGUGGCUGACAUCAGGGCCUCACAGAUACUGGCCUCCAGAGGGGCUGAAUUGUUCCAGGCAACUAUAGUGAAGGCAGUCAGAGCCAGACUGGAGGAAGAGAAGCAGUCUAUGGAACAGCUGAAGAGACAGAUGGACCGUAUAAAGCAGCGCCAGGAGAAGUUUAAGAGAGGGAAGAAGAUGUUGAACCAGGAGUCUGGAGACAGAGAGAACCCCAUCCAUCUACAGGAAGAGAAAGAACAAGAACAAUCUAAGACUAAAAAAAAGCAGAGGUGGCAGCCUUGGGUUGACCACGCCUCCAUGGUGAGAAGUGGAGAUUAUUACUUGUUUGAAACCGACAGUGAAGAAGAGGAGGAAGAGAUGGAGAGAAGAGAGGGUCUACUGCCUCCCAAGAAGUCGGCGUUUCAGUUUGUCUACCAUGUCUGGAUAACAGACUCCAAGACAGCCAUGAAGAAACGAAGCAAAGAGAAGCACAAGUUCUGGAAGAGGUACACCAAGAGAGAAAAACACAAAAAGAACCAGAUGGAUGGUCAUGUGACUAUAGAGUUCGGAGAGACAGAGGAGGAUCAGAAGGGAGGAGAGGAGAAGAAGUCUGAUGGACCAGACAACGUCUUGAAGCGAGUGUUCAACAUCAUCAAGUUCACCUGGGUGUUGUUCCAGACCACGGUGGAGAGCUUCACCAAAUGGAUGAACAACGUGUGUAGAGAACACAUAGACAUCUCCACCGUGCUGCGCAUUGAGAGAUGCAUGCUCACUAGAGAGGUCAAAAAGGGUAAUGUCCCAUCCAGAGACAGUAUCCAUGUGUACUACCAGAAGCAGAUGCGUAUAUACAUGUCGCAGGGCUCCAGUCUGGACCGGCUCAUUGAGGAGGACAGUGUGUCGUGGUCUCACAGGGUCCGUAGAAGGAGAGGCAGCUAUCGUAUGGAGAGCCAGGACUCCAUUGUAUCUAUGGCCUCCAGGGAUAGUAUAUCCAGUGCCUACACUGAGGCCACCAUGCUGUUCUCCCGCCAAGACACGCUGGACGAGCUGGACGGAAUGCCGUCAGACGUUCCUAUUCCCAGAACCAGCGAGCGUGUCCGGACCAAACUCUGUAGCAUUUACGGCCUGGACGCCUCCAAGUCGACUGACAGCAGCUGCAGCCAAGUGUCCAGGGUAGACGGUCCAACUUCGACCUUCCUGGCCCUUCGAUCAGGGUCCCAGGACUGUACCACUGACAGUGACGAUGGCGGUGUCCGGCAAGAGUACCGGAACACAGAGGAGCGGGGCCGGGCAGGUCAGCUGGACACCUCGGAUGCUCCAAACACCUCGGACACUGACGUGCUUUCCAGCUACAACAAGGCGGUGAGCUUUGACCCACUGGAGGUGAGUGAGGAUGAGAGCGACAGGGACGAUAAGAGGAUGAUGGCGAUGACCCCAGACUCCAGCCGGUCAGACUAUCUGGACGAUCCCCUGCUGCCCUCUCUGACCACUGAGCUGACCGCCAGCGAACUGCUGCUCAACAAGAUGUUCCAUGAUGAGGAGCUAGAGCGGUCGGAGCGGUUCUAUGUGGGCCAGCCCCUGGUGCUCCAGUUGGUCUAUGCCCUGUAUAACAUGCUGGUGGCCCACUCUGAGAUGGUGUGUUACCUAGUCAUCAUACUCAACAACAUGCUGUCAGCCUCCUGCGUCACCCUGGUCCUCCCCAUCCUCAUCUUCCUCUGGGCCAUGCUGUCGGUACCGAGACCCAGUAAGAGGUUCUGGAUGACCGCCAUCGUUUAUACCGAGGUCGCCAUCGUCAUCAAGUACUUCUGCCAGUUUGGCUUUUUCCCCUUCAACCAGAACCCGAAGGUGAAUGGGAAUAAACCCUACCACCCUCCAAACAUCAUCGGAGUGGAGAAGAAAGAUGGAUACGUCGUCUAUGACCUCAUACAACUUCUGGCGCUCUUCUUCCACAGGUCCAUCCUGAAGUGUCAUGGUCUCUGGGACGAAGACGACCUUAAGGACACCAAGAAGGAGAUCCUUCGCCAGGACACUGAGUCGAAGGAAGAUGAGAAGGAGAGGGACGCCACUCCCGUGCCGUCCUACCCCCGCCAGAGGAAGGGGUCGACACAGACCCUCAGGUCUAUAAAUCUGGGCGUGGGCACCUCCGUGGACUCCAUGCACUACCACCAGCAACAGCAGCAGACCUACCAGAGAAGAAAGAGCUCCAGUGGAGGGUCUCAUAUCUCCCACCAGUCAGUCCACUCUGUACGCUCCAAGAGAGGCAGCACCAACUCCAGGAACAGUAGCCGUAGAGAUUGGAGUGAGGUGUCAGUGCAGCAGAAGACCAAGAAACAGCUGAUCAUGGAGAAACUCAAAGAACAGAUGAUCAAAGCCAAGACCUUCACUAUCAGGAGGACCAUGAAGGUGUACCUGCCCGUCCGUCUGUUCUUCUACAACCUUCUCCAUCCAGAGUACAGCGCUUUAACAGAUGUCUAUGUCCCCAUGUUCCUGGCCGACACCGUCGACUUCAUCAUCAUCGUCUUCGGUUUUUCUGCUUUUGGGAAACACUCAACGGGAGCCGACUUCACGUCGUCUCUGUCGGAGGACCAGGUUCCCGGAGCCUUCCUGGUGAUGAUUCUGAUCCAGUUUGGGACCAUGGUGGUGGACCGGGCCCUGUACCUCAAGAAGACAGUGCUGGGGAAGGUCAUCUUCCAGGUGAUCCUGGUGUUCGGGAUCCACUUCUGGAUGUUCUUCAUCCUGCCCGGACUCUCAGAUAGGCGUUUCAAUGAGAACACAGUAGCCAAGCUGUGGUACUUCAUCAAGUGUAUAUACUUUGGGCUGUCAGCCUAUCAGAUCCGCUGUGGCUACCCCACCAGGGUCCUGGGUAACUGCCUCACCAAGAGCUACAAUUACACCAACCUCUUCAUGUUUCAAGGGUUCCGUAUGAUCCCGUUCCUGUCUGAGUUGCGUGCGGUGAUGGACUGGGUCUGGACCGACACCUCUCUGUCUUUAUCCUCUUGGAUCUGUGUGGAAGAUAUCUACGCUCACAUCUUCGUCCUCAAGUGCUGGAGGGAGUCAGAGAGGAGAUACCCCCAGCCGCGGGGCCAGGCGAAGAAGCCGGUGGUGAAGUAUGGGAUGGGAGGGAUGAUCGUCAUGCUUCUGAUCUGUAUCAUCUGGUUCCCUCUACUCUUCAUGUCUCUGAUCAAGUCUGUGGUGGGCGUGGUCAACAGACCACUGGACGUCUCCUUCUCCAUCACCCUGGCCGGGUUCCAGCCGAUCUUCACUAUGAGUGCUCAGCAGAACCAGCUCAGAGAAGUCUCCAAACAUGACAUCCAUGGCACCUUCAUGAGCUCAUACCAGUCCUAUCCUGAAGCGAUGCGGUGGUUGGAGUACUACAUGCCAGAGGAUCUGACCAUAGCUGAGUUGGAGGGAAGCUCUAACAGUCUGUGGACCAUCAGUCCUCCCAGUAGAACUAACAUCAUGGAGAUGCUCAGCUCCAAGGAGCAGUUCCCCAUCACUGUAGCUUGGUCUAUCCAACGGAACCUGACUCUGGGAGCGAAGGCUGAGUUUGCGACUGGGAAGAAAGUGACGUUCCUGGAUGAUGCAACCAAACUGGACCUGAGCCUACUGCUCAACGGGACCAGACGAGACAGAGUGGUGAUAAAACAUGUCUUCCCGCGGUACCUCCGAGCCCCUAGUGACUCCGAGGCCAAGCCAAUAGAACAACUGUAUAAAGAGAAGGUGUACAUGAGCAUCACUUUGGCGUUGGAGCGUUCCCAUAACGACUCAGCAGAGGUCCAGGAGUGGUGGAUCGUGAACCAGACAGAUCCGGGACAGAUCAGCGUUCGUAGGCCCAAGCACCUGUACGACGCUGGGCUGGAGCUCUAUGUCUUCAGUGACCAGGUCAGCCCUCCUAGUCUGGGUUUCCUGGCUGGAUACGGGAUCAUGGGUCUGUACGCCUCCGUGGUGCUCGUCAUCGGUAAGUUCGUCCGUGAGUUCUUCAGCGGUGUCUCCCACACCAUCAUGUUCGAGGAGCUGCCCAACGUGGACCGCAUCCUGAAGCUGUGCACCGACAUCUUCCUGGUCCGAGAGACGGGAGAGCUGGACCUGGAGGAAGACAUGUACGCUAAACUCAUCUUCCUCUAUCGCUCGCCUGAGACUAUUAUCAAAUGGACCAGGGACAAGACUCAGUGA